CGCCUCCCGCCCCCCACAACACCCCGCCCGCAGCCGCCGCCGCCCUAUAUGUGGCCCGACGCAGCCGCCGGGCCAUGGAGCACGCCUGCCGUCCCCCACCAUGGAGCUGGCCGAGCGGUUCCUGCUGGACGCGCUCGCCUACCUGGAAUGCGCCCUGGGCUUCGUGUGCUAUGUGCUGCUGACGCUGCGGGGCUCGCCUUACGGGCGCUACGCGUCGCCCGGCUCCGCCUUCGGGCUGCCGGCGCGGGCCGCCUGGGCGGUGCAGGAGCUGCCCUCGCUGGCCCUGCCGCUCCUCGCGUGCGCGGGCGCGGGCGCGCCGGCCGAGCGCCUCAACCGCUGGCCCAACUGCAUCCUCCUGGCCAUGUUCCUGGUCCACUAUGCGCAACGGACCUUGGUUUUCCCCUUUCUGAUCCGAGGAGGGAAGCCCAUGCCGCUGUACGCCUUCCUGUUGGCGUUCGUCUUCUGCACCUAUAACGGCUACCUGCAGAGCAGGUAUCUGAGUCAGUACGCAGUGUACGCGGACGACUGGCUCAGAGACCCCCGGUUUCUAACAGGUUCCGCCUUAUGGUUGACAGGCAUGCUAAUUAACAUCCAUUCAGAUCAUGUCCUAAGGAACCUCAGGAAACCAGGGGAGACUGGCUAUAAAAUACCAAGAGGGGGCUUGUUUGAAUACAUAUCUGCGGCCAACUACUUUGGAGAAGUCGUGGAGUGGUGUGGCUACGCCCUCGCCAGCUGGUCCAUUCAGGGCUGGGCUUUCGCUGUGUUCACCUUCUGUGUCCUGUUCACCAGGGCUCAGCAACAUCACAAGUGGUACCAUGAGAAAUUUGAAGAUUAUCCAAAAUUCAGAAAAAUCAUGAUUCCGUUUUUGGUUUAAGUUUGUCGUCAGUGGAAUUAUCUUUGACUUGAAGCUUUUUGAUGAAGUUUCUCUUGGGACCGUGUCAAUGAACUGAUUGAUGUCUUUGAAAUUUUUCUGGUACUUCGUCUUUUUUAAGAUUUGCUCUAGGAUUUUUUUCCCUUAGCAAAUGUGUACGCUGCCUAAUAACAAGUCUAAUCAAACUGAAAUCACAAAUUGAAGUAUGACGCUGCCCACUAACCAGAUCAGGAAUCUGAACACCUCUGAUUUGUGGUCUGCUUCCAUGGAGUGGGGCUUGGUGGCUCAAAUGGGAAAGAAUCCGCCUGCAUUGCGGGAGACCUGGGUUCGGUGCCUGGGUUGGGAACAUCCCCUGGCCAAGGGCAUGGCAACCUACUCCAGUAUUCUUGCCUGGAGAAUCCCAUGGACAGAGGAGCCUGGCGGGCUACAGUCCAUGGGGUCGCAGAGAGUGGGACACAACUGAGCAACUAACACUUUUUUCACUUUCACUUUCCAUGAACUGAAACAUUUCUGUAUCCCUUACACAACCUCGACAGCAUGAGUUUAAGGUCAAAGGUGACAUCCCCCUCCCCCCUCAAGCCAGAGGCAUCUUCUGUCUUCAUGUCCCUCCUCCCGCCAGGUCAGACAGUUCUGGGUACCCACGGUGUACCCACAACUUCUCACAACUGGGUGCUGGGUGGGCAGAGGAGUUGGGCCUGGAGAAAGGCCUAGUGGAGGCUGGUACCAAAGGCUUCUGGCACCCGCUCCGGCCUGGUCCACCAGGUGACCUCACUGGAGGCAGCGCGCCAGGGGCAUUCUUCAGGAGCAGGGUACUGUAUCCCCCACAGGAGGACUUCCUGGUGGCCCUCGGCUGGGGACAUGAAGGUGCCCAGGGCAGCCCUCCCAUCGGGUCCCUCACCAGGAGCUGCUGGCCUGGGAUGGCUUUCCUUCCUCCUUUGAGGUAGAAUUGGAAUUUUUUCAGGCACUUUUUUUUUUCUUUUAAAGUACUUCUCAAGAUUGCACAUCUGCAACUUGAAGCAGAAUUUCUUUUUUUCGAUGCUCCUAACUCUACGGAGAUCAAUAAUAAUAACAUUUGCUAGGUGUUGCCGGAUGUGUCAAAGGAGCCUCCCCUUUUGGAAGGCUGCUGAGUCUCUGCUGUGAAGAUGUAGUGAACACCCAGAGAAGACCCCCUCCUCUCCUCCAUUGCUGCUGAAUUUGCAGAGCUGGGAACUGGAACGGGUGUGUGGAGAGAGUUCGUGUUCGCUUACAGUCGCUGACCGUGCUGAGUGACGGGACUCCAGGACUCACCACGUUGUGUCUUAGGCAUUCUUCAGCUGCCCUCCAGGCAGGGAGCACGCCCUCUGGCCCCUGCCCUCCGGACCCCUGGGCACCCCAUCGGAUCAGCCCCCCUCUCCCCUUCUUCUGGUUCACCUUCCCAACCAGGGGCUCCCUCCCCAUGAGUUUUCAUGUAGAAACUGUAUUCUCGGUGUUAGUGGUUUGCUGCAGUCUCUUAGGGGUUUUCAAAAAGCUUUUCCUGAUGUGGUUGUCCUUCAUUUUAACUAAAACUGGAAAGCUUUUGCAGGGAACUUUAAUGAUCAAAUAAACUCUGUGCUUCAUUUUACCUAAAAAACUGGAAGGCUCUUGCAGGGAAACUUUAUGAUCAAAUAAACUUUGGACCUUUUUCUGACUGAAUAACUACUUGAAACCAUAAAACUGUAAAUAUUUAGAAUGUCUUCUGGAAAACUCAGAAAUCUGAGCAAGCCUUAGCUGAUUUGGGCCCUGGGUUCUGGAAGGCAUACCUGGCCAGAAAGAGGCUUGUCAGAGAGGCCCACUGGGAGUUCUGCGUCUGUCGGUGCUGCUUUUUUGAGUGGCCAGAAUUUGGGGUUCAGUGGUGGUUUGACGCACGGUUCCUGCUUCACUGGCACGCACCGGCUCUGUGAUUGACACAGGAAGAGAUCUCGGUCUGCCUGUCUGCCUGUCUUCCAUUUACUAGACUCUGUAAUGUAGCAAGCUAUGACAGUUCGUUAUUGUGUUCAUUACAAAAAUAAAGAUUAAUAAAAUUACC